GUACGUGAACUGCGCCCGGGACGAGGAGGAGCAGAACCUGGUGGCCUUCCAGUACCGCGGGGGCAUCUACUACCGCACGUGCCAGCCGGUGCCCCCGGCCCGCGAGCUGCUCGUCUGGUACGGGGACGAGUACGGCCGCGAGCUGGGCAUCGAGCGGACGCGAGGCCCCGAGCCCGCCGACCCGCCUGGGCCGCCCGGACGAGGGCGGCCGCCCCCCGACCGCCCCCCGCCCUUCUCCGGCCCCGACCUCCUGACCCGCCGCCGGCCGCCAAGGACGAGGGGGGUCCCGGGGGACCGACGUCGCCGGACACGGCCCGGGGAGCGGCCCUUCGCCUGCCGGGACUGCGGGAGAAGCUUCGGACAGUCGUUCUCCCUGACCCGACACCUGCGGACGCACACGGGGGAGCGGCCCUUCGCCUGCCGGGACUGCGGGAAAGCCUUCGGACAGUCGUCCUCCUUGACCCGACACCUCCGGACGCACACGGGGGAGCGGCCCUUCCCCUGCCCGGACUGCGGGCGGGCCUUCGGACAGUCGUCCGCCCUGACCCGGCACCGCCGGACGCACACCGGGGAGCGGCCCUUCGCCUGCCCGGACUGCGGGAGGGCCUUCGGCCGCUCGUCCGCCUUGACCCGGCACCGCCGGACGCACCCGGCCCGGCCCGUCUGAGCCCGGCGACGCUUUCCUCGACCUCCCCUCCUUCCCCGCCCCGUUGGGCGUGGGUGGCAGUAGAUCCCUUCCUCCCUCCCUUCCGGCGUCUGCGUCUCGGGCUCCCCCUCGGCGCCCGGUACGUAGCACGCGGCGGGCGGCCAGCCGAUGCCCUGGUUUGGAGGAUUCGCGCCCCCGAGCGCGCUCUCUCGCCAAGGCGUCGAGCCGGGGAGGGUCCGGCCUUCCGUCUCCCGGUUUGACCGGAUCUGCGGGCUCCGUUAUUCAUUCGGCGGUAUUUUUGGAGCGCCUACCCUGCGCAG